AUGAAUGGAGAUGCCCAACCUUCGAAUCUGCCAACAAUCGAUAACCCACUCGACCACCUAGAUUUUGCCCAAUUAAAGGCCGAUGUCACCGCAUUCCACAGCCAUCUUGGGCUCGAAAGUGUUGUCGAUGUGGAAACCCUCAUCAGCGGUGCGAGACUAGCCAAACAGCGAUUCCGCAAUGUCCCGCCCGGGCUUACCUCUGCGGAGUGGGAGACCAUAGGGAGGGAAAAUUCGGAGGAAUAUCUGUCGUUCUUGCAAACUAGGGGUCUCCUUGUUACUGUUAUGGCUACGGCUUGCGCGGCAAUCACACAGGGAUGGCAGCAGUCAACAAUCAAUGGCAGCGCUCUCUUGAAGUGGCAGGAUGACCUUGGCCUCGAUACUGAUAGUGAUACGCUUUUGAUUGGAUUCAUCAACGCAGCUCCGUGGCUUUCGGGAAGCCUGAUAGGGACAUGGUUGAGCGAUCCACUCCAAGAAAGAUUUGGAAGACGCCCGGCGCUCUUCUUUGCGGCUGUUUUCUGCGUCGCCCUUGUAAUAGCUCAUUGCUAUUCAUGGAAGACACUACUUCUCUGUCGGGUACUUCUUGGUGUGGGGAUCGGAUCGAAAGCUUCAAUAGCCCCUAUAUUUGCCGCCGAAGCAGCACCUGAUAGACACCGAGGCAAAGUCUUGAUGAUGUGGCAACUUUUCGAUGCACUUGGAAUAUUUCUCGGUUUCUUCUGCGCAUUGAUUGUAAUGGACAGCUGGAGAGUACUUUUGGCGACCGCAAUAAUUCCCGCUAUCGUCCUUCUAUUUUUGGUAUUUAUGUGUCCCGAGUCCCCGCGAUUUCUGAUACAGAGGAACCGAUAUGCCGACGCAUAUAAAAGCCUCCUUGAGCUCCGAGGAACAUCUAUCCAAGCUGCCCGAGACCUUUAUUACAUCCAUGCUCAGCUUCAGACUGAGGCUGUCAUAGUAUGGAAUCCUGACGAAGGGCAGUCAUGGUGGUUAGAGCGAGAAGAAAUCUACGCCUAUCAAAAUUGGAUUAAAAGAAGCAAUUUCUUCAAGCGGAUGAAGUAUCUCGCCACCAAUUCGCGAACCCGAAGAGCCUGUACGGCGGCUUUGAUCGUAAUGUUGUCGCAACAACUAUGUGGUAUCAAUGUUUUGGCAUUCUAUUCGUCCUCGCUUUUGCAUACCGACCAGACUGACUCGACCAAAGCGAGUGAUUCCUUGUUUACUUCUCUAACAAUCGUCAAAUGGUUCAAUUUUGCGUUCGGUCUAGCAAGUUUUCUUUUCACUUUACCUGCAUAUAUCUUUAUUGAUUCGCGUGGACGCCGACCUCUCCUACUUUGGUCAUUCGUUGGGAUGCUUUUAAGCAUGAUCGCAGUGGGCGGCUUCUUCAAAAUCGCGGCCCACCAUACUCGGUUAAUCCUGGUAGCAAUCUUUAGCUGUUUGCCUUUCGUCUUUUCGUACUCCAUCGGUGCUGGGCCUAUUCCUUUUACAUUCAGUGCGGAGGUGUUUCCUCUAUGCGUGCGCGAGGUGGGAAUGAGUUUCAGUGUUAUGGUCAAUUUCCUUGGGCUUGGGAUUUUAGUACUCUUUGUGCCUCAGUUGACCAGGAAGUUUCACGGCGAGGGAAAUCUUCUCUUCUUCUUCUCAGGCUUAAACCUAUUGGCACUCAUCUUGAUUUUCUUUUUGGUCCCCGAAACCAAGGACGUCUCACUAGAGGACAUGGACUCGAUAUUCCGUCGAGCUACAAAAGAACAUGCUCUGGACCACUUGAGUUCCUUCUAUGGGAGGUUAUCACGCCAGCGCGAUAGGCAGAGUAUACCUCUGCAAGAUAGAGAAGAAGUAUGA